ACCUCCCUCGGGGUGGUGUUGAAGCCUGCACAGCCAUGUAUAAGGCCGGGCUGCUGCUGGGAGGCUGUAUCAGGUCGUGGAAGUCAAUACGGAUGGCCAGCUCCAAGGUGGCGCGCCGGGACCCGCUCUCGAAUAAGGUGGCCCUGGUAACGGCCUCCACAGACGGGAUAGGUUUUGCCAUUGCCAGGCGUCUGGCCCAAGAUGGGGCCCAUGUGGUUAUCAGCAGCCGGAAGCAGCAGAAUGUGGACCGGGCAGUGGCAGCGCUGCAGGGGGAGGGACUGAGUGUGACAGGCACCGUGUGCCACGUGGGGAAGGCCGAGGACCGGGAGCAGCUGGUGGCCACGGCUCAGGGCCUACUCUUUGUUCCCUGGAGUGGAAAGGAGCAUCUACCCAAGGAUGGGAAGUGCAUGAAUGUGCUCCUGAAGGCUGGCAGAAAUAAUGCUGUGAAGCUUUGGGGAGGCAUCGACAUCCUGGUCUCCAACGCUGCUGUCAACCCCUUCUUUGGAAACCUAACGGAUGUCACUGAGGAGGUGUGGGACAAGAUUCUGGACAUUAAUGUGAAGGCCACAGCCCUGAUGACAAAGGCAGUAGUGCCAGAGAUGGAGAAACGAGGAGGCGGCUCAAUAGUGAUUGUGACCUCCGCAGCAGCCUACACCCCGUUUGCUGGCCUGGGCCCUUACAAUGUUAGUAAAACAGCCUUGCUGGGCCUGACCAAGAACCUGGCCAAAGAGCUGGCCCAAAGGAACAUUAGGGUAAACGGCCUGGCACCCGGACUCAUCAAGACUAACUUCAGCCAAGUGCUUUGGAUGGACAAGGCAAGGGAGGAGAAAAUAAAAAAAGUCCUGCAGAUAAGAAGGACAGGCAAGCCAGAGGAUUGUGCAGGCAUCGUGUCUUUCCUGUGCUCCGAAGAUGCCAGCUACAUCACUGGGGAAACAGUGGUAGUGGGUGGAGGGGCUCCAUCCCACCUCUGAGGACCUGGAGAGCCCACAAGGACAGAGAUUGGGCUCCAACUUCUGGUCCAGUUCCCGCAUUCAUGGACUGGCCUUUCCCACCACUGCCUAUGUACUGCUCACCUUAUACCCUACUCCCACCCCUCCCCCAAAUUAAUUCUGCCCUGUGACAAGAUCCAGCCUUCCCUGCUGUCAAGGUUUGGUCUUGAGAAUUCCUGCUGUUGCCCCAGCCUUGAAUAAAGACUUCCCCUGAGGACACAAGACAGGCCGGCUGAGCUUACCUUGACAAGGAACCACUGAUUUUAUAUAUAUAACACAUUAUAAUUAUAUAUUAUAUAUAAUAUAAUGUAGUAUAGUAGAAUAUAUAUAUAUAUAUACACCCUUCCCCACCCCACCCUGGCCUCCCAACUGAGAAAUUUGAGGGAGAUGGAAGAGAAGGAGCCUGGAGUAGGAGGGAGCUGGAAGGUUGGAACUUAACAAUCUGCAAAUGAGGUACAAAUAAAAUGCAGAUGAUCAUGGUGGUUUUAAAUCAA